GUUACUCUUUGUCAACAGAGCAAGGAGGAAAUAACGAACUGUUUCCAAGAUAUCAUCAAAUAGUUAGCUUAGCUGUCGGGUUUAUUUAUGGAUUCAUGAUCUCCAGAGGCAAAAUAAUUGACACACGGUAACAACAGAACGACUGUGCUCGCUUUUCUUGGACCGGGCGGCACAUUAGCUUCUUAGCUUGGUCGCUGUAAAGUUAGUUAGCUGAAAUAACGCUACGUGGUGGUUGCUAACGAGAUAUUUAGUGUGAAGCUACGCAGCUAGCUUAAAGAAACAAACACGGUUAACAUCGUCCAACUUGUUGAUGUGGAUCGGAAUGCUUGUUGACCAACCUUGACGGGGUAUCUCCUUGUUAAUCCAGGUUAUCGUUGUCAGCUAACGUUAGCUUCCUGCCGGGAAACAGUGGGCUGCAGUAAAGCCAUGGCAGAUGAAAAUACACACUUCUGUGGCAAUUGCAAACAUGACAUUCCAGAGGCUAACUUCACGACUCAUGAGAUCCACUGCAGAAGAAACAUCGCACUGUGCGACAUUUGCCAGGAGCCGGUGCCCAGGUCCGACCUGCAGGAGCACAAACAGCAGGAGCACGCUCAGAUUACAUGCAAGUGUGGUCUAAAGAUUGAGAAGAAACACUUCGAUGUUCACCAGAGCUUCGAGUGUUCUCAGCGGCUGGUCCCGUGCCAAUUCUGUCAACUGGAGAUCAUUUUCAGUCAGUCCAAAGAACAUGAAGAUUACUGCGGUGCGCGCACUGAGCCUUGCCCAGUCUGCAAGUGCAACGUAAUGUUGAAGGAACAAGCCGUGCACCCCGUGUUGUGUGGAAGCCUCACUCCGCCCCAAGAGAGGAACAACAGCCGGACGAGUCGCAGUCCGGUGGAUUCUCAGCCUCCAGGGGCUUGGUUUGAAGCCCACUCCAUCCGAAACCUCCUAAGAACCCAAGAGAGAGGCACAAAGAAUAAUAACAUCAGUGCAGCGGAUCAGCAGGCCUUCCCCCGGCCGUUUGACCCCAGACUCUACAACACCUCGAGUGGACCUCAAGCCCCAGCUGACUGGAAGAACUCUGUCCCGGGAAAUACAUUUAGCCACUUGCUGGGUCCGUCAGACUUCCUGAACAGCAGCAGCAGCUCCAGCAGCAGUGCGUGGCCUCAGAGUGAGCUCAGGCUGGCCGAGGAUUCCUCCGGCCUGGACUACAUGCUGGCUCUCAGCCUGCAGACUGACGGAGAGCCGGGGGCCGGGGGCGUGGAGGGGAAUCUGUGGAGCGGAAUCUGGGACCACAAGAUCGAGAAGCCCUCUGUUAACUCUUCACUUUGUCCGCCCAACAGCAAUUACUCAAAUGUCACUACAGUCACAAGCCCAGUCCAGGAACAGGAUCAAGCCGAUACCAUGCUGCCUUGUGAGUUCUGUGAAGAGCUGUUUCCUGAAGAGGACCUCAUUUUGCAUCAGACUGGGUGCAGCCCCGCCUCGGCCUUUGCGUCCUACAGCAAGCAGCCCUUGUCCCCCCCUAAGGAGGACAGGAUGAGCAGGAAUGCUCCAGGUUUGAUGCACGACAUCCCCGACACCCUGGCCUCCAACAUCCCCACCUUCCACCGCUCCGCCUCCCCGGCCUCCUACAGUCCUCCAGCCAGUCCACUAGAGGGCGACGUGGUCAUCCCCUGUGAGUUCUGUGGCGUCGCUCUGGAGGAGGCCGUCGUCUUUCACCAUCAGGACAAAUGUGACAUGCGUCCUCAGAACGCCCAUCCGCUGAACAAUCUCACUAAAUCGUCUGUCAAGAAGACACAGAGCCCUACUAAUGACGCCUUUAGCCAGAUGUCUCCAGAUUUUCAAAUGAGAAUGAAUCCCCAAGCUGACUUCUCGCAAGAGCACUUUGGAUUCGACAGAGACGCAGCACCGCUAAGGGAAUGGCCGAGAGGCUACAUUGGACUCCCGAGUCAAAGGAAGACAUCCAACUGUGAUCCGAACCGAGCUCAGGCGGGCCGGGAGGCAGAAGGAUCUCAGUCCUCUCUCAGUGACGCUGAGCAGGCCGCUGCUGCGUCUCUAAAGGGAGUUCAUCUACCAGAAAAUAAAGAAGGCAGAGGGAGUUCAUUGACAAAGUUACCCAAGAAGCAAAAUGAAGAGCAGCAGGAGGAGUGAGAGCGGGAUGAACAUGUGGAGAAAACCAAAAACCAAAUCUCCCUCUGUGCUUUCCAUAUAUCUUUCUGCACACUUCUGAAAACAAAUAAUAUACCAAUCUGAUAAGUGCCUGUGCAACAAUCUAGCCGUUUAUAUUCUGAUGAGUUUUACUAUAAAAGCCUCGGUAAUUAAUUUGGUUAAUUAAUACAUGUCAAGAUUUGUUUCAAAUGUUUGUAUGUCUAACAUUUAGCCCUAAAAUAUAAAUGAUAAAAGCAGUUGUAUUUGUGCUGAAUUAGAUUUUGUUUGUUUGGUAACAUUGAGAACAUCGAACCAAGAGUCGCUGUGCGUUUGUCUAACCUGAUCUUUACGUGUUAGUUCAGACGAGGACAUGUCGUUUUCCUCCAGGUUUGCCAGUCCCUUCCGGCUCUUUCAGUGUUCCUGUUGGUUUCUGUACCUCUAUGUCACCUGAAGCACCUUGAUAGAUUAUUUUGUUAAAAAAGGGCUUGAGGAACAGAUUUGAUGCAUAUUUGACCACACAAAACAACAACUGUGUAAUUGAACAUUUGUCUUUUUAUACUGUUAAACAUUUGUCUUUAAUACUCUUCAUUCAUAUUUAGAUUUUUUUAAUCAUACCUAUAGAACUAUAUAUGUGUUGUUAUGAUACGAUGGCUUUUGAAGCAGUGUCACCUGUCCAAUCCUCUUUUUAGGUAGUAUGAAUUAGGAUUUAAGAUUGCUGAGAUGUAUUUUGUGUGUAACAUAGGUUCCACUUUAGCAAUAUAUAAGAUACGCGACCGUGUGCCUCAGACGGCUGAGCCUUCAUAUCUAAAGACAACGCCUGAGUGUUUUCCUGAUUAUCAUCCAAUCAUCAACCUCGGCUAGUGAGGAGAAAAGAAUCAGUGAAAUCUCCUCGCGGUGUUUCUUUGGACUGAAGGCACUCAGGGCACACGGCUGACUAUCCUGUUUAAGAACAACUGUCUUCAUGCUCUUUGUCUUGUGAGGCUAUUAAAUGUUUAAUGAGGAUGUU